AUGAUAAGACAUUGUAAUAUACGCGUAGGCACAAUCAUUAUUAUAAAUCUUAAUAUUAAAAUAGUUUUAUACUGUUUUUUUUUCUUAAAUACAGCUGCAAAACCACCACCAAUACUCAUUCCAAUAGAUAAUGGUUCACACAUUAUUCCUUCUCGACCUUCAACACCACCAACUGAUAUGGAUGAAGAAAUAAACAAAAAUAGAAGACGUCCACCCAAAACACCAAAACCACAUCGUGGUCGUCGACCGGAUGAUUACGACGAGUCUGACUCAAUGUCUGAUCGUGAUAAAAAAAAACCGAAACUUGUUAAUGAAAGUACACAAUCGGACAUACCAACACGAAAUGUUGGUACAAUGCAUGAUCCAAUCAAAACACGAAAUUUUGGUAAUGAAGUACAACCACAAUCAUCAUCAACACAAACAUCAUUUCCAACAUGUAAAAAACCACCAAAACCAAUCUAUACAUUUAUAGAACGGCCUAUACCUGUUGAACCGACAUAUGAUGAAUCUGAUCUUGGUACAAGAAUAUGUUGUCAAUCACAACAUAUACCUAGAGAUGUAUACUAUGAUUUAUAUGAUACAAAACCUCAUGAAUAUCCUCCACAUCGAUCACCAUCACCACGACAAACAAGUGAUUAUAUCUAUGAUGGACAUUAUCAACCAUGUUGUCGUACACAAUUUAAAGAUCAUCCAAUUUCAUCAGAAGAUUAUUAUCAUUGUCAAAAACGUCGUCGUCAUUCUCCACCAUCACCACCACCACCAAUAGUACUUCGUCCUAUUACUAUACCAACACAUGAUCGUAUACUUAUACCAACACCUCGCUCACGUACAUCAUUAUCACCACCACAUCGAUCUCGUAAAUCAUCACCACAAUAUCGAUCUCAUACUCCUACACCUUCAUCGCAUCGUAUACAUUAUCCUUCACCAUCAGCUCGUCGACCACGUUCAGCUACACCACGUCAUCGACCACCAAUGCAUUCACAAGAAACUGAUACAAGUCUUGAUGCAAUGAGAAAACAACAUCAUACAGGUGUACAAUAUGAACCUCGAUCAACACAAGAAAAAGGUACAACACCUAGUAUACGAAUAAGAAAACAACCAACAACACAACGUUCAACAACAUUUGAUCCAUCAAUAUGUUGUCAACAAAAAUAUUCAACAUGUCCUAAAGAAUAUGAUCAUUCACAAAAACAAUAUUAUAUUCAACCAAUAAUUUAUGAUAAUUAUAUAGAACAUGAAGUUGAAGAUGAUGAAGAAGAAGAAGAUUAUGAAGAUGAAAUACCUUCAAUGCAUGAUCAAUCAACUAUGGCUGAACUUCUUAUUUAUUUAGAUCAUUAUACACAAUGUGAAUCACAACCAUUUAUGACUGAUCGUUAUAUUCAAACAACACCAACAGCAGAUGAUAAUGAACAAAGAAAUAUAUAUGACUAUACGGAUGAAUCAUUUAUUCGACAAUUACCAGGAAGUGGUUCAAUAUGUAUUCAUCAACCAGCUGUUAUACAACCAGAUUCAUUACCACGUCGAUGUCAAUUAUAUCCAUCUCCAACACGUCCUAAACGUGAUGGUCUUGAUUAUACAGGAAAUAAUCUUGAAGUUUCACUUCAUCAUGGUCUACAACGAGUAGCAUCUGUACGAGAUUCACCUUUACUUAAUAUUAGUACUGAAAAUGUUAUAAAUCAAUUAACUCCACAAGAAUAUGUUACUCCAUUUGAAACACGUUUUAUAUAUGAAUCAGAUAGUUCAUCGACAACUAAAUCAAGAAAUAAUGGUUCAAUUAUUCUACCUGUUCUUAAUUCAGCACGAACUCAUGUAUUUACUAGAAAUUCAGCACAUCAAUCAAAAAGUAAUGGAAAUUUUUAUCUUUCAAAUGGACAACCAUCACCACAACGUUCAACAAAUCCAUCAUUUCGUAUUAAUAUAACAACUGAUAAAUCUUAA